GUAGUUCGUUAAAGACAUCAGUGGUGAAAAGAAGGCAAAAUACCCUAGUGCUCUGAGUUAUUGGAUUAUUAUUAUCGUUUUGUGAUAAAUACAAGCUGUCCUCCUUUACAGGAAUGGCUUUCCGCAUUGUCUUCGUGGUGCUCCUAGGAGUCUCACUGAGCCAUGGAGCGACGGAGAAAAUUCAGCUGGAAGACAUUGAGAGGGACAAUUUAAUUAGCGAACAGAGACAAAAAGCUAAUGAAGGGCUUGAAGCACAACAGACACAACACCUCAGACCACCGGGAAUCCAGCCACCCAACUCCUUUCACUCGGUAAUUGGCGGCGUCACUUAUGCCAGUGGACAACCUCAUGACCCACAGGCGACCAUUGAAUUUGUCACCCUGCCUCCUCAGUACCCAGCUCCCCAGCCUCAACUACCUCAAGUCCACGAGGAGGACAGAACUCAUUCUGCACCCUCAAGACAGUCUCUUCUGCAUCCCCAUCAACAAACUGUUCAGGUUAAUCCUCAGAACCGUCCACAAGUCUUCCCAGCUCCUCAGCCUCAAUACGUCUACGUUCAGGCUGUUCCCCAGGCUCAGAAGGCUCCCAAUCAGCCACAGUACCAGACUUCUAGCCAGGAAGCUGAAGCACCAGUACAGAACCACGCCCAGCAGACUCAACAGCUACAGUUCAUCUCCCUGCCACAGAGAGAAGUUCAGGCGAGAGGACAUCCUUCGGGUCAAGGUGGAGCCUAUGUGAAUAUGCCCUACAACUACGGAGGAAUGUAUGCUGCUCCUUCAGCUCCCAGUUUUACGUACCAUCCUGUUCAAACCCAACCAGCCUAUGCCCUUCCAACUGUUCAGACUCACUUUCACCAUAAUCUGAUUACUGGACCUACGCCAACUCCUGGGAUUCAGUAUGCAGCUACUCACUCUACGCCAUCUCCAGCUGUUGCUUCUGCUCUGACCUACGUUAAGAAUUCCUACGUAGCUCCUACUCAAGUUCCAUUUGCCUCUUAUCAGCACUCCUUCCCUCAAGCCGUUGAGUACUCUCCUCCAGCUGCUGCUACAUCCACGUCAACCAAACUCUUGCCAGUAUCUCAUUCCCACUCGGACUACUCCAGCAACUUCCAUCCAACUCUGGACUUCCACGGUCAGAGCAGCAACUACCACAGUCUUCUGGACUCUUACAUCCCUAGCUCUUUCAUCUACGCUCGCACCAAGGCAGCCUUUGGACAGAACUAUCCCCUGAGAGGUGCCUUCUCCAACGUUGCUCCAUCCUUCCACUACCGUCCAGUCCAUUUCGAUGCCCAUCACGGAGGAACUUCCCUCUACAACACAAUUGCCUAUUCAGCAGAAUCACAUGCUCCCACUGUCCACAUUCCUCCAAGUUUCACAGCCAAGAGGGCAGCAAUACCUGGAGCUUAAGCCCCCUUAGUCAUAAGUUCUUCCUGGUGGGGAAAUGUAUGGGACAAUGUCUUUUUUAGUCUUAAGAAUUUGCCGUAGGAUUUUAGCAAUUGUUGUAAAGGCCUCAACACUGUGUUAAAAUGUUGUACAUAGAAUUUGUCUUCUUCAUUCUUCUCCGGUUGUUUUAUUUCCUGAAUUUCCCCAAUGAAAUCUCAGAAGAUUAAUUUAAAAUAAAGCACCUUGAAGACCCUUCUUCGAUAGGCCUUGAUCCUGACUUCGCGAUUCAAUUUCUUGUUUUUCAUUCAAAAGAUUUCAAUUACCGGAAGUCAAUGGGAAAAGUCAAAGAGUGUUGAUAUGAUUUAUAGCAACAUUGCCAGGUAAUUGUAUUGUCUUUUAUGACUCUUGAAAUGCUUCUUGUUCACACGAGUGAUUUCUAAAUCGUGACAUAAAAUUGGUGUUGCUUACGAUAACAAUGACUCAAAACACAAGUAGCUGCACAAGCCAUGUAAUUGCCUUCAAAAUCGCAAAAAAAAGUGAACUUUUUGGAGAAAUUUUGACAAUAAAUAGCUUGUGGUUUAUGCCGCGGUACGGAGAGGUAUAUUUUAACAAAUGCAUAUUUACCAAUUUGCUUUUGCCAAAUUAUAGAAUUAAUUUCAAAAUUUUGCAAACUCGUAUUUGUUUUGAAAAGCUGAGAGACAUUUAAAAAUGUUUAAAAGUCUCAUCAGAGUUUCUAUUAAAAUAAUGGGAAGAAUUUAAUUUAGAGUCCAAAGCAUUCAAGAACUUCAAAGUACUUAACUGUCAAACUUAAUUUCUUAACUUGAACAGUUUUUAAUAAUUAUUUAUUAUGAAACCCUAUGAAUUUCAAAGCAUUUAAAGUCUAUAAAACAUUUGUCGCUUUUAUUGAAUUCACAAUAAAAUGUCUUUCAUGUUAAAA